AUGAAGGGUGCAGUCUCGAUCUGUUUCCUCUCUCUGCUGCUUUUGCAGGCCACAGCAGAAGAAGAAGAAGAUGUUACCUCCGUCCUUAGAGACAGAUCUCACAUCGAUGAGACGCUGCGGCUUGCAAUGGAGGAAAAAGCAGGAGACUAUGCAGCGGCUCUGGAGAGGUUGCGGAAGAUCUACCAUACGUCCAUCAAGCCGAUGGAGCAGGCCUACAAGUACAACGAACUGAGGCAGCACGAGAUCUCAGCCUACCCGGGAAGAACCCUGGGGGACUCAGCCACAGAUGGAGAGAUUACCUCCAAGCCCAUGGUGCUAUUCCUGGGACCGUGGAGUGUAGGAAAGUCCUCCAUGAUCAAUUACCUCCUGGGCUUGCAUGACAGCCCCUAUCAGCUCUACACAGGAGCUGAGCCUACUACCUCUGAAUUUACAGUUAUUAUGCACGGGGAAAAGAUCCGCUCUGUUGAGGGUAUCGUUAUGGCGGCUGACAGCUCGCGCUCCUUCUCUCCCCUGGAGAAGUUUGGUCAAAACUUUCUGGAAAAGCUGAUUGGUAUUGAGAUGCCCCACAAGCUUUUGGAGCGUGUGACGUUCGUAGACACACCGGGAAUUAUUGAGAACCGGAAACAGCAGGAAAGAGGCUAUCCUUUCAAUGAUGUCUGUCAGUGGUUCAUUGACCGUGCUGACCUGAUCUUUGUCGUGUUUGACCCCACCAAGCUGGACGUUGGUCUGGAGCUAGAGAUGCUCUUCAGGCAGUUGAAGGGUCGUGAGUCACAGAUUCGCAUCAUCCUGAACAAGGCUGACAACCUGGCCACCCAGGACUUAAUGAGAGUUUACGGAGCGCUCUUCUGGAGCUUAGCUCCCCUCAUCAAUGUCACUGAGCCUCCCCGUGUCUAUGUCAGUUCCUUCUGGCCAUAUGACUAUGCACCUGACACCAGCCGGGAGCUCUUCAAGCGAGAGGAGAUCUCUCUUCUGGAGGAUCUCAACCAGGUGAUCGAAAACCGCAUGGAGAAUAAGAUUGCCUUCAUCCGCCAGCACGGUAUCCGUGUACGCAUCCACGGCUUGCUGGUAGACCGCUACGUCCAGACCUUUAAAGAGAAGAUGAGCUUCUUCAGUGAUCCCGAGUUAGUCUUCCAGGAGAUUGUAGAUGACCCAGACAAGUUUUACAUUUUCAAAUCCAUCCUAGCCAAGACCAACGUCAGCAAAUUUGACCUGCCCAACCGUGACGCUUACCGUGACUUCUUUGGCAUCAACCCUAUCACCAACUUCAAGCCUCUGUCAGCUCAGUGCUCCUACAUCGGAGGCUGCCUGCUUGAUAAGAUUGAGAAGGCAAUCACCACUGAGUUGCCUGCCCUUCUGAGCAGCAUUAACUCUGGCAAGCAGCCUGGCCUGUCCUCCUGCGAGGCCACCGGCUGUGGUGAGAAGCCAAAGAAUCGUUACCGAAAGAACUGA